AUGCACACAAGUUUGAAAAACUAUCAGAUCAUCAACUCUGGCUUCAUGCGUGGCCGCGAAAACGGAUUGGAGAAACCCAGAGGAGGCAUCAUAGCCGAUCAAAUGGGUUUGGGCAAAACCUUGACAUGCCUGACCAACAUCGUUAACGGAAGACCUCGCCAGGGUGAAGGUCCGGACAACAGAUAUUCGACUCUGAUUGUUGUUCCAAAUGCACUGCUUGAUCAGUGGGAGGAACAGAUCUCGACGCACUGCGUGGUAGAAGAAACUCGCACAGAAUGGGGAAUCGGCCGAGUCAAGGUUUACCGAGAGAACAUGUCCAAAGGCUGGCGCCACGAAGACUUCGAGAAUAUUGACAUUGUUCUGACCACUUACCAUGAUGUCAUGUUGAGCUGGCCCAAAUUCGAGUGGCCGGAGGGUUUGCCAGAGGAUCAGCGUGAAGAAUACUUCCAGGAAGAGGUUUAUCCCAAGCGCGGACCCCUUCACCAAUACCGAUGGCUCAGAAUCGUUCUUGACGAAGGCCACAAGAUUCGUACACCCACAGCUCGCACUACUGAAGCUUGCAUCCAACUUAUCGCCCAUUUUCGAUGGGUUUUGACGGGCACUACGAUGGUCAACGGUGCUCACGAUCUGUAUUCUCUAUUCAGCUUCAUCAGACACCCGACAGUCAAGCACAUGGAUUUUGAGUCUUUCAAGACAACCUUUUGCAACGAAAGAGACUUGAUGAGCUGGGAUUUGCUGACCGACGAUCUGCUGAAGACAAUGGCCCGAUUCACGCAUAACCAAUCACUCUUCGGCCGCCGCUUGGUAACACUUCCUAAGUCUCGCAGCAGAAAACUCAAGUUGGAAUUUUCUCCUGUCGAAAAGGCUAUCUACAACGUGGUUCAUUACAGAUGCAAGCACAGAGCCAAUAUCUUCUCCGAAGAUGGGGAGUCGAGCACCGCCUGCAUGAACAUUCUUGCUUUGAUCACUUUACUGCGCCAGAUGACAGCCCAUCCCUUGAUGCUCCAGUCGAAAAUCUCUGACAUGUUGGAGCCUGAAGAUUUUGACAAGCUUGAGAAGAAUGUCGACUACGCGGCCUUCUUAACAAAGCUCAAAUCCAGCACGAACCCCGAGGUCAUGAAGCAACGUAUCAAGUGUAGCUAUUGCGGAAGACCUGCUCUUCUCCCGAAAGUUGCUCCUUGCGGUCAUUAUUACUGCACAUCACAUCUGGACGACCUGUUCCACGCAACUACAGCCAAGGGACUGAAGCGUGUCAAGUGUGUCCAGGAGAUGGGUAAUGGCAAGAAAUGUGGCCAGAAGCUCAACAAAAAUGCCGAUGUCGAGGCUACAGAUACUCCAAAAUGGUCUCUCAAUAAGACAAUUCUGCCUUCGACCAAGACUAUCGCUUUCAAGGCCCAGGUUAUGGCCUGGCUGGAUGAGUAUUCUGGAGACCCUUCGGCAAAAAUUAUUGUGUUUACACAGUGGGUUUCAUUUUUGAGAAUCCUUGGUUGCAUCUGCGAGAGCGAAAAAUGGGGGUACAAAACCCUUCACGGAAAGUUGAGCCACAAGCAACGAGGCGCCAAUAUCGCCGCAUUCAAGACCAACCCCGACGUGAGAAUCUUGCUCGCCACAAUGAAGACAGGCGGCCAGGGUUUGAACUUGACCGAAGCUAGAUACGUUCUGCUAGUUGACCCAUACUGGAACGAUGCUGGAGAACAACAGUCCUUUGCAAGAGUCCUCCGCAUUGGCCAGACAAAAGAGACCGAGUUUGUCAGCCUCAUCAUCCGCAAAUCGAUUGACAAGAAACUUCAAGACAUCAAGAAGCGCAAGACUGCAGAGAUUUCAAUGGUCAACAAAAAGUACACUACAAAGAAGCAGAGACUUCUUGAAAUGCUUGAGGAUCCCGACAGUGAGGACGAAGAUGAAGGUUCUGCUUCUGAAUAA